AUGGCAGCACCUGUCAGUCUGGAGCUAGAUCCCAUCUUCCUGAAGGGUCUGAGUUAUCUGCAUUCCAAGAGCAAAGAUUCCGCAGAGAAGCUCAAAGCGCUGCUUGACGAGUCCCUUUCCAGAGGGAGCGACACGUCUUAUCGCUUGGUACAAAAAGAUCUAGAGGUUAAAGGUUCUGUGUCCAAACUCAGCUUCAGCAAACAAGACUCCAAGUCCUCAAGCUCUUCAUCCUCCAGUUUAGGCAGCAAAUCCAGCUCUGAAAAGAGCAAGAAAGACACAGACAGAAGAUCUUCUGAGAAGGUUAGAGUUGAGUUGGGUGACGUCGACCCUCCCAAAAAACUACGUUUAGAGAAACAGGAUCGGUCUUCGCCAGUUACCGUGCAAACAAGUAAAGACCUUCUACCCAAUAUCAACGACUAUGACGAGACAAACGCUGAUGACUUUGCCAUGGAGAUGGGCCUGGCAUGCGUGGUUUGUAGACAAAUGACUGUCUCCAUGGGAAACCAGUUAGUAGAGUGCCAGGAGUGCCAUAACUUGUACCACCAGGACUGCCACAAGCCCCAAGUGACAGACAAAGAAGUCAAUGACCCACGGCUGGUGUGGUAUUGCGCACGUUGCACCAGACAAAUGAAGCGCAUGGCCCAAAAGCCUCCCCAGAAACCCUCCCCAGCCUCCGCCUCGUCAGCACCGGUUGUAAUAAAAGACACUUUGGUGAAAAAGACUGAAUUUAAAACCAAGCUAGAUACCACUAGCACCUUCCAGGCAUUCAAACGAACAGAAGUGAAGACUUCAACAACAUCUGCCAAUCCCACCAGCAGCAACUCCUCAACAUCAGGCAGCGGUCUAACAGGCUGGGCCGCGUUCGGCGCAAAGACGAGUCCGUCUCUUAGCAUCAAUUCCAAACUGGGUUCUUCUGGAUCAAGCGGGAGUAACAAGGCAAUGGCUACUCCACCCGGGCAGAAACCGGUAGGACUUUCCAGUCUAGCUGGAAACAAAUCCGGACUCGGUGCCACAAAGGUCCCCGGGAGCGGCAACGGAAAUGGCGCUACCCAGUUAUCUCUGAAACCACCGCCCCUGACCCUGGGCAAGCAGCCGCUCAACCGUUCAUCGAGCAGUGAAAGCCAGGGAAAAGGUUCUGUCUCAUCGUCUGGUGCAGCCUCACCGGGAAGCUCCCAGGCCAGUCCGGGAAGUAGCGGAACUAGCGGAAAUAAUAACGGAGGAAAUAACGGAAACAAUGGAAAUGGUUCCAAGGUUCUACCGGGGGAUAAAGCGCCAACGUCUCAAGAGUCCCAGCUUCACGCCAUGAAACGGUUGCAGCUGGUGAAGAAAAAAGCAGCACAGAAAAAGCUGAAGAAAUAA